UUACUUUACAAUAUAAAUAUGUUUAUAUCGCGGCAAUUUUCUAAAAUAACUUACAGUGCAUUCUUCACUGCUAAGAGAAAUCAUCAAGUAGCCGUUGUAGGGGCGACUAAUGAAGUCGGACAAACAACUGCGCUUCUACUGCGGACGUGUCCUUCUGUGAGCAAAUUAGUUCUUCACGACACAACCGAUAGCACGCCCGGUGUUGUUUUAGAUCUAUCGCACAUCCCAUCCAAAUCAAAAGCUAAAGGUUACUGCGGUAGAAAUACAUUGGAGGAGGCUUUGGAAGGUUCAAGUUUAGUUCUUGCUGUUGGUGGUUUACCUCAAAAAUCUCUCACGACGUCACAAUCGAUACUUUCCCAAAAUGCAGAUUUUAUAAAAAUAGUUGCUUCGGCGGUGACUAGAAUCGCACCAGUGCCAUUCUUUGGUAUAGCAACAGAACCUAUUAACACGCUCGUACCUAUGGCAGUGGAGGUUAUGCGACAUCAGGGAUGUUACGAACAGAACAAACUAUUUGGCGUAACCAUCAUCGAUGCGUUGAAAGCGCAGACAUUGUACGCCAAAGCGAACGGUUUCGUGCACAACGAAUGUCAUGUGCCGGUUAUCUGUGGCCACUCGAAAGAAACUAUGGUGCCGUUAUUAUCCCAGGCGAGUCCUAAAACCGUUCUACCUGAAGAGAAAUGUCAAGAUUUAACUAAUACCCUUCGAGAUUUUACAAUUUAUGAAAAAGCGUCUUCACCGUUAACGCCUGCUUUAUCUAUUGCUUAUAGCGUAUAUUUAUUCACUCAAAGGAUAUUAGAAGCGAUAGAUGGACAAAUAUCUCAAGUGAACGCUUUGGUGGAGAACAAUGAUUUCGGUACAUCUUAUUUCUCAGGGUUGGUCGAAGUUAAUAAAAAUGGUAUCGGUGAAAUGCGACUCUAUUCAAAUUUAUUCUCCUACGAAUGUGGUAUCCUUGAAGAGAGUAUUAGACAAUUACGAGAAGACGUCACAGUGGGAAAGAAAAUAUUAGAAAUUGUUUAA